AUGGAAAGAGAACAAGCAGUAUUUAAAGGUUUAACACUUUCGGAAUGUGCUGAUCGAUGUACAUUCAAAAUACAGGGAGUAAAUUGCACCUCAUUUGAAUACGAUGCAAUGCAAUUGAUAUGUGUACUGAAAGAGGGCAGCGGAAAUAUGAUGAGUGAUGGUAGUCUGUUACCAUUGAAAACUAUCCGUAGUAUAUCAUUAUUUCAGCAAUUCUGCCUUUCUGAGGAAUACAUAUGUCCAUCGCCAUAUAUCUUCGAACGUCUUCCGAGACAUGUUCUGAUGGGAAUCGCCAAAGAGGUGAUGCAAGUUGGAUCUAUAGAGGAAUGUUUAAACAUGUGCUUAGCUGCUAAAAUGACAAUAGAAAUCGAGUGCAGGUCAGUAAUGUAUUACUAUGAUACCGGGGAGUGUAUUCUGAAUGAUGAGAAUCGAGCAACAAGUAUAGGUAUGAUAACUAAUGAUACGAUGGACAUGCGUGUCGAUUAUUUCGAAAAUACUUGCUUCGACGUGCAGUGUUCAGCUGAUUUUACCACACAUUGGGUCAAAGUGGGAAGAUUCACGAUCAGUGAUAAAUCAAAUCUUGUAAUGAAGCAAGUGACUAAGGAACAAUGCUUCAAUUAUUGUCUUGAAAACAAAAUUGAUGACCAACGUUUUCCAUGCAAAUUGUACGCAUAUAAUGAAAAUAGAAUGACAUGUCAUUUGACUUCAGAAUCCGGUCUGAUACAUUCAACAACAUUUGUUGAUAAUCAAGAGAUAUCUGAUGAUUCACAAAAAUAUGAUUAUUAUGAAAAAAUUUGUCUGAAAGGUUUAAUGCGAUGUCAGGAUAGCAGUUUUGAACAUGUUUCAAAUCGUGCUUUAUUAAAUAUCGAAAAUAAGAUGAUAACAACAAGUAUGACAAGCUGCUUAGAAAUUUGUUUACGUUCUGGUAAAGAAUGCAGUUCAGUGAUGUUUUUUAAGGCUAAGGAUGAGUGUGUUCUGAGCAAGAAGAGUCAGUAUUCAAGCAAUGAACAACUUCGAUACUUUCCAGAAGUGGAUUAUUUCGAUAAUGUGUGUGAUUAUAGAGUUGCUAUAAACAUGUCUCUGGAAAAUAAAAUGAUCGAAAUUUCAACGCGAAUACCAACAAUGCACAGACAGUUAAAUGAACUGGAAACAGAAUGUGGCGCAGCUGGCAUUUUAAUAUCUGUAUUGUUUUCUAAACCAACAGUUGGCGCAAUAUUUAUCAAGGAUCAUUUUGCAACAUGCCGCUCUGAAUUUAACAAUGCAAUGAAUGCAACAAUGGAAAUUGCACUGUCCACUCUUCGUCAAGAUAAUCCACCGUGUCCCGGCUAUGAAACUAAUCCCUCAACUUGGUCUUUCAUUGUGGUAGUUCAAAAAAAUGGUCUGGGAAUACCAGGACUGAUGACCGAUGAAGAUCGAGUAUUCAAUAUUACAUGCGAUUACUCAAACGGUCAAACUAUGAAUGAUUCGACUGAAGAUAGCAUACUUCUACAAGAUGUAUCACGAGAUUGGUUAUCUACUACCUCUUCUAAUGAUCAUGUACGAUUGACGGUAUUUCGUGGUGAUCAACCUGUGAGUACCGCUGUGAUGGGUGAAGAAUUGGAAAUGAGAUGGACAGUGAUGCAAGACCGCGUGGAUAACAUUGGAUUGUUUGUAAAUCGAUGUAUCGCAGAACGUUUGGAUGGAACACCACCAUUACCACCUCCACUUACGCUUAUUUCUGACGGGUGUAUUGACAGUAAAGUAAGCCGCUUGCUAAUGCAGCAUCCAAUCACACAAUUUGAUGGUGGUUUAAGGACUAAAAUUAAAGUUUUUCGGUUUGACGGGUCACGUCGUGUUCGAAUUCUUUGUUCUGUGGAUAUUUGUAUUGAAGAGUGUUUACCGGUUACUUGUAAUAAAGAAGUAAGUGGCAGUUUGAUAAAUCCUGACAAGAAAAAACGUGAAACUUUUGUUUUCCCGACUCAACAGGCCUCACAUCAACGAAUUAAACGAGAAAUUAUCAGUGGGACUUUUACGAUUGUCGAAGAAAAUGGCGAUCUAGUGGCUAACGAAAAUGUAACGAAAAUUGAUGAGCAAUCAGUAAAUCAGAAUAUGGUACCAUUACAGUUUCCUGAUGACAAUCAAUUUUGUGUUCAAAAUUUCUCAUUUUUCAUUCUUAUAGCAGUUACAUUAAUACUUUUAACGGCGCAAAUCUUUCUGCUAUGUAAGUAUACAUGGCUUAAAACUCAAGAAUCUGUUCUUUCUGGUAAUGAACGAAACUGUAAUAUCAUAUCAACUCCUCAGCAUGUUUAUUUUGGUCAUGAGGAAUGUUGUUCUGCGGAAUCGCAUAUAACAUUAUCCAAAAUAAUCAGGACGGAAAAUGAGGACACCAGUAAUAGAAGACGUGUUUUUGUAACGUGA